CUGACUCGGGGUUUCUCUGGUCUAAGUCCUCAAAAGAAAUAGAAGACAUCUCUAGGUUCUGACGGACGUGCGGGUUCGUGUGGCUGGGGUCGAGGGCCUCCGAGAACAGAGGCUGUAGCUGCGCCUGCGCGCGUUAAUCUUUACCCUCCCUGUUACCAUGUUAGGCCCCCUGCAGGGCCAAGUAUGUGUGGUGACUGGGGCAUCCAGGGGCAUUGGCCAUGGCAUCGCUUUGCAACUCUGCGAGGCCGGAGCCACUGUCUACAUCACCGGCCGAAAACAGGACACCCUGAAGGCUGCUGCUCUGGAGGCAGAAUCCCGAGGAGGUCGAUGUGUACCUGUGGUAUGUGAUUCAAGCCAGGAAGAUGAGGUUCAGAGGCUGUUUGAAAAGGUGGAUAGAGAACAAGAUGGGAGAUUGGAUAUACUAGUUAACAAUGCCUAUGCUGGAGUCCAGACCAUUAUUUCCCAUAUGAAGAAGCCAUUCUGGGAAUGCCCAGCCUCUUUGUGGGAUGAUGUCAAUAAUGUAGGACUCCGAGGUCACUAUUUGUGUUCGGUGUAUGGAGCCCGGUUAAUGGUGCCUGCUGGUCGAGGGCUCAUCGUGGUCAUCUCCUCAAUUGGUGGGCUGCAGUAUUUCUUCAAUGUACCCUACGGUGUGGGCAAAGCAGCGUGUGAUAGGUUGGCUACAGAUUGUGCCCAUGAACUACGACCCCACGGUAUUGCCUAUGUGUCUCUUUGGCCAGGGUUGGUGAAGACAGAGCUAUUGACAGAGCAUAUGAAUGAGGGAAAUGACGCCUUGGCCCAUAAGCUGAAAGAACGCUUUCCAGAAGGGGAGACCCCAGAAUUGAGUGGCAAAUGUGUGGUAGCCCUGGCAACAGAUCCCAAAAUCCUAAACCUUAGUGGUCGGGUUCUGCCAUCCUGUGAUCUGGCUCGAAGAUAUGGCUUUAAGGAUGUGGAUGGCCGUCCUGUCUCUGACUAUCUGUCCCUGAGAUCAGCAUUUUCUGAGGUUCCCAGACUGGCCUGGUUGGCCUCCUACAUGCCCAGCUUCCUCCGUGUGCCCAAGUGGAUUAUGACACUCUAUUCCAGUAAAUUCUGAUCUUAUCAGCCAGCCAUGACAAAGGAGCAGAAGCACAGCUGCUUUCUACUUCUCUGUUCCAAUCAUCAGCCAUGGAUCAAGGAGUGAUUUGACAUGUUUGGAUAAGGAAAGUGAAUAUUUCUCAUAUACCUAGACUCUUGAACAACCCCUGCCUUUAGGGGAAUACUUCAGCUGAGCCCUUCACUUUAUCACUUAUUCCUCCCACACUCAGCCAGAGGGAUUCCUGGUGAGAAGAGCACUGGGAUAUAACACAAAUUCUGGCCUUAUCCAAAUCACUGACUAGCUUUGUGAUUCUUGGGAGCUCUAAUAAUACUACUUGUGCUUUUGCCUUGGUUUCUUUUUCUAGUUCCUAUACCUUGUAUUUACUUUUAAUGGAAAAGACCCCUAGAGUAAUAAAGUACUCAUUCAGUUACUAAUAUAGCAGAUAUUUAUUGAACCUAAAGGGCUGUGCUUUCAAAAGCUUAUAAUGUAAUUUAAGAGAAAUGAUAGACAUAGAGAGAGUAUGGUAUAGUGAGAAAAAGGCUAGUCUUGGAGUUGGACAUGGGUCUAAGUCCUAUCUAUAGCACAUGCUCUGGGGCUCACUCACUCUCCUAAUUUCCAAUGCACUGGCAAGAUGAGUACCCAGAGGAUCUUUAGUGCUUUUCCCCCUCAGGAUUCUAGGGGAGGUGGGAUAUAACUUCUCUAGCUGUAGCUUGUAAGCUGACUCUGGUGUGCCACACUGCUGGAAGCCAGCCAGCAGCUCCAGGGGGUCUGGGAAGGUAUAUGUUUUAGGUGAGAAAGAGUCAGAGAUACAGUGGAUUUCCAGAAGCUGUUCUGAGCACUUCCUGUGAAAUUUUAUUUUUUGUAUUCUUUUCUUACAGUCACACAAACACUGGGAAAAUUUACAUUUCAGAAUCAAAACAUAGAAGAACUCAAGGUUAUACCUAGUUGCAUAAAAUUUGGCACUCAAAACGUAUUUCUAUAUAUACCUAGCCUAACAGUCUUCAAGGCUACAAGACUUUAUGUUAUCUAAGUUUUACUUUAAUAAAAGAACCUUCAACAUA